AAGUUCGAGAAGUCGGAGUUUGGGUGAGAGAUUUCCCCGCGUCUCCGCUCCACGCCACGGCCGCGGGCAUCCCACCAUGCGACCUACUACAUGGCGCGCAUAAUAUAGCACACGACUUUCAUUAUGGGGCGAGAACACUUAAGCAACGACGAGUUCUUCACUCGGCUUGCCAAUCUCUUCGAGUACACGCGCACCAAAGGCCACGGCAGCGUCUACCUAGUUCAGAAGCGCAUGACCUUCGACACAUCUGCUGCACCACCACCAGCCAGUAAAGUCGCCGAUGACCCGUUAUGGGACACACAUCCUGAAGAGCCAUUGCCUGUCUUGAUCCGCGCGCACAACAACAAGAGCAGCAAGAAGGCGGGAACCGACAGGGAAGAUAUCCCUAAAAUCGAGUUGAGCACCGUCGUCAAGCCAGAUGACUUGGACGGCUUCUAUGCGCGAUAUGCUGAGGCUUGCAAGGCUGGCAUGAGCGGACUGAAGAAGCGAGAUAAGAAGAAGGCGAAGAAGACGAAGAAAAAGAAGAAGGGCGAGACCAAAGUGUGAGAGCAGCCAGGCACUAUGAUACCAUCAGACACGCAAGGGGCACUUCGAUGUUACAAAAGCAUCGGUUGAUUGAUUUUGAGGGCUUGCGCGGACAGUACCACGAGCAUGCCACUGGGAGAGGCUGCCGAAACGAGUCGUAAGGAUGGCGUAUCUGAAGAGAUACAGCAUCAGCAAAACGUGGCUUCCCAAGCGCCAGAGACGCCAAUGGAGUGCAGCACACCAGAAGACAGCACUGAAUAAUACCUAUACUCUACUGUCUCCACGUUUGCUCCUAUAAUUUCUCAUCUUUCUCUCUGAAUGACUUUGUGCUCAGAGGCAGUGGUUGUCCCAGCCACAUCGCUCUUUGGGUGUGGUCUCUCAACUCGUCAUCAGUAUUAGGAUGGACCAGAACAGACAAAGGCCCCCUGUUGAUGACAAGCCAGGGAAUGAAAGCACCAAA